AUGAAAUUUGGAGCGAUACACUUAUCAAUGUGCAUGCUAAUAUCGCCAGCGAUUGUAUGCCAGCAACGGCAUAAGGAUAAAGAUGACGCGUACAUUGAUUUAAUCCCACUUAAUUUAAUACCGAAAGGUUGUAGUCCGGAUUCCUACUACGGUUAUGGAAUUGUAGAUGGAAGCCUGGAAAAAUGUGAUAAAUAUUCAGAAGGUAAAGACGGAGGUGAAAAGUUCAGUUCCGAAUAUGAAGAAAUCAAAUGUCGUACUUUGAGAAUGCAUGGAAGAAUAAAAAAUAACAAAUGCGAAUGUAAGCCUGGAUGGAAGGGACCAAUUUGCAACGAAUAUUACGGAUGUCCCAUUGGUUUCUCGCUGUACAAUAGCGUAUGUACACCGAAUUCAUGCCAACAUAAUGGAACGAUCGCUAUUGGCUCGAAACAGAUUGAAUGCAUUUGUUGGGCCCCGUGGGAUGGUCGGAAUUGCGAACGACUUGCGUGUUGGAGAAUGGCCCCGAAAGAGUAUGAAAGGAGAUGGCGCAAUGCUGGUGACAAAUGUCGUUGUGCUGAUGAAUAUGAAGGUGACAACUGUGAUAAGAUUAUCAAAUGUAGAAAUGACGGUGAAAUUGUUGAUGGAAGGUGCAAUUGUAAGAAAUCAUUUUAUGGAGAAAUCUGCGAGAAUAAAUGUCCUGAGAAUCAAACAUGUGGUGCGACAGUCAUUUGGUUCUCACCGGUUGUCACAUUCUUAGCAUUUCUAUUUUUCUGCUUGAUACGAUUAUAA